GUAUGAACGAGGUGCGAUUUGGUCGACCCGGGCAGUUGAUUGCCAUCGACAUCGUCUACAAUGUACCUUUCAGACACCGAAAAGAGGGCACUUGGCCAGGAUGAUAGUCUAUCGCAGACGACCCACCCUACGCCUACUUCCGUGGCGAACGAAGCCCACGCGGCAAGCUUUCCCGACACGCUUUCUGCUAUUGCAGUGGUGGGUAUGGCGAUGAGGCUUCCUGGGGAUGUUCGCACAGCAGAGUCGUUCUGGGAAUUUAUCAUGAAUAAACGCGACGCUCGUGGCGAGGUACCUCGGACUCGAUAUGACAUAAACGGUUUCUAUGAUCCAACGCGGCCUCAUGUCAGCAAAACCCGACAUGGGUACUUCCUAACGGAAGACCCAGCCCUGUUUGACGCUCCUUUCUUCUCUUUAACUCCUAAGGAGGCUUCCCGAAUGGAUCCUCAGCAGCGGUUGCUGUUCGAGGUGGUUUGGGAAUGUCUAGAAAAUGCUGGAGAAACCGACUGGGAAGGAAAGGAUGUCGGCUGCUUUGUUGGUACUUUUGGUGAGGAUUGGCUUGGCCUUGCAUCCAAGGACCACCAACAUACCAAUCGCUACCAUGUUCUCGGGACCGGAGCCUUCGCGUUGGCGAAUCAUACCUCAUACUACUUUGACUUUUGUGGGCCCAGGCAAACGGGGUGUUCUUCUUCGCUCGUUGCAAUUCACGAAGCCUGUCAGGCAUUACAUACUGGAUCCUGCAAUGCAGCCAUUGUGGCGGGCACCAGUCUAAUACUGGCUCCCACCACAACAACCACCAUGUCUGAUAGCAUGGUGCUAUCAGCCAGUGGGACCUGUCGCACAUUUGAUGCCGAUGCUGAUGGCUAUGGCCGGGGAGAGGGCAUCAAUGUUUUAUACAUGAAGCGAUUGGGUGACGCAUUGCGCUGUAAAGAUAGAAUUCGAGCACUCAUCCGCUCAACAUCUUCCAAUUGUGAUGGUAGAUCGGGUCUGAUAACCACCCCUUCCCCAGGCUCUCAAGAACGCCUCAUUCGCAGUGCCUACCAUCGAGCAGGCAUCGCAGACAUCACGAGCACGGGGUACUUUGAGUGUCAUGGGACCGGAACUAUGGCAGGAGAUACAGCGGAGCUGUCAGCCUUAUGUAAGGUUCUGGAAGGCAAAGGAGCCAUAGUUGGGGCUGUCAAACCUAAUUUUGGUCACUCGGAGGGCGCUUCUGGGAUCACCAGUGUGAUCAAGGCGAUCUUAUCUCUGGAACAUCGCACCAUUCCGCCAAAUCUGCAUUUUGUCAGCCCGAAUCCCAACAUUGAUUUUCAAAAGCAGGGCAUUCAAGUUCCCGUCGAGGCGGUUGAGUGGCCUCGUGACCGACACCUUCGUGCCAGUGUCAACGGAUUUGGGGUUGGGGGCGCCAACGCACAUAUCAUCCUGGAAUCAGCAGACAAGCCUAUAAAAGUCAAUCUUCCGCAGCCUAAUCCCGGCGAGAACGACUCUUCCCAUUUAUUGAUCGUUUCUGCUCAUGACCGAGACAGUUUGCAGAAGCGCAUUGAGCAGAUAGUCUUCUACCUGGAUUUACACCCCCGCCGCAUCACCGACCUUGCCUAUACACUAGGCCUCCGACGCAAGCAUUUGGCCCAUCGAGCCUUUGCCGUAAUUCAACCAGACCGCCCAGUAGAAAAGUCCGAUUUUGUUUCUUUGCACUCUACAACUUCUUCCCGUAUCGCUUUCGUCCUAACCGGACAGGGAGCCCACUGGCUUGGUAUGGGAAGAGACCUACUACGGAAAUAUCCUACCUUCCGACAGGACAUAAAGUAUCUAGAUGAAGUGCUUAGAAAAUUCUCUAAUCGGCCACCUGAUUGGUGCUUGGAAGGUACACCAGAUCUAUUUGAGACCUACGACCCUGACCAAAUGAGCAAACCGGACAUAAGUCAGCCUCUGUGCACGGCAUUGCAGAUUGGUCUGAUCAAUCUUCUUUCAUCCUGGAGCAUCAGACCCACGGUGGUGGUUGGGCACUCCAGUGGCGAGAUUGCGGCUGCAUAUGCGGCAGGGGCAGUCCCUGCAUCUUCGGCUAUCUUACUGGCGUAUCUGCGCGGUCAAGCUGUUCUCACGGUGCCCCAAGACGAAAGAGGUGAGAUGGCUGCUGUAGGUAUGGGUCGAGACCAAGUGAGGCCAUAUCUCAUAGAAGGGGUGGAGAUUGCCUGUGAUAACAGUCCGCAGAGCGUGACGGUAGCAGGACCGUCCGCGAAAAUUGACCAAUUUGCAGCAACCCUUCGCGAAAUCGCGCCGGACACAUUCUGUCGCCGUCUUCGUCUUAAUGUUGCUUAUCACUCAGCCACCAUCAAAAGAGUCGGCCAUGAAUAUGAAAAAUCUGUGGCUCGCUGUCUGGAGCUCAAUGCCCAAAUGCUUCCCAUGUUUUCCACCCUUACCAAAGAGGUGAUUUGCAAACCUAGCACACUUGAUGCAGCCUACUGGCGCGCCAAUCUGGAGUCUCCUGUUCAGUUCCACGGCGCUGUGAAAAAUAUGCUUGAUGCAAGUAAUGCCGAUCUAAUUCUCGUCGAAGUCGGUCCCCAUGCUGCCCUUUCCGGCCCCCUCAAGCAGAUUUUCCAGAACCACAAAGCCAAGUAUAGCCCAUCGUACAUUCCCACACUCAUUCGAGAUGACACAGACUGUCAAGAACGUCUUUUAUCGGUGGUUGGCGGCGUCUUCAGUCGCGGCGGGGCGGCUUCCUUGUGCAAGGUCAUCACGCCGGGCCAGGUUCUACCGGAUCUCGCCCCUUAUCCCUGGCAGCAUGGUGUGCGGCAUUGGAGCGAAAGUCGUCUGGCACGAGACUGGCGACUCUGUGCCACAUACCACGAGCUACUAGGCUACCGAUGUACUGAAGCUACUGACACCACUCCAACCUGGAGAAACGUGCUUCAUCUUGAUGCCGUACCAUGGUUGGCGGAGCACGUCAUCCAGGGACAAGUAGUUUUCCCGGGCGCAGGAUACAUUGCAAUGGUCGGAGAGGCGGUCCGGCAGCUAUCCUUUGAGUCUUCUGUUCCAUAUUCUUUGCGGGACGUGAUUUUCCGCGCUCCCUUGGUCCUGGAGGACUCCCUUGAUGGGGUGGAAAUCAUCACCAGCUUACGGCCAGAGCGACUUAACGACCUUCAGGAUUCGGACUGGCAUAUAUUUGCCAUCAGUUCCUAUGACGGGAAUUCAUGGACCAAGCACUGUACGGGGCUUGUUCGUCACCAUCUCAAGGAAGCUGGUCUUCCUGGGGAUAUGGCAAGAUCGAUAACUCCUCUCAUCCGCCAUGCCUCGUCUUCGAAGUGGUACCAGACAAUGGCAAAGUAUGGACUGACUUAUGGUGCUUCAUUCCGUGGGCUUCGAGAGAUCACCGCCGAUGCAUGCGGAGGCCGAGCGGUGGCCACGGUCUCGAGCAUGAUCCAGCCCGGUAGGAGUCAGUACGAAUUACAUCCCACCGUGAUGGAUCAGUGUUUGCAGCUCAUAGGAGUUGCUGCCACUUCUGGCUUAGCGCACAGAGUAGACAGAUGCUGCAUUCCCGCGUCGGUGGAAAAUGUUUUCGUCAGCAAUGGAGCAAACAGCCUCCUUGCAGAGGUUUGCAUUACGGGCAAAUCCAGCCAUCUAACGGCAAAUGUAACCGCCAUAGACCACGGACGAAUAGUUAUGUCAGUCACGGGAGUGGUACUUGUUGCCCUUGAUGACAAUGAAGAUCGGCAUUCAACUCGUGUUCCCCUCAUUUCUCAUUUGAAUUGGCAGCCUCAUCUCGAUUUCAAGCCACCAUACAGCCUUUUUUCUUCCCCGAAAUCUACAACAGUUUCAGUUGAUUCUGUCAGAAAAUGCGAGCAGCAUGGGCUACUAUGCCUUUUAGAGACAGCAGAAGAGAUUCGAGAGAUUAACCCCCGCGACAAGCACUUACAAAAAUGGAAGAACUGGGUUCAAACUCAGGCAGCCAAAGCCCGUCGGGGUCAGGAUCAGCUUUUGUUCAACUCGACUAGCUGGGCGCACAUGGCCUCAUCUGAGAGGCGACAGUUAAUCCAGCUCCUUAAAGCUGAAUUAGAAGGCCGUGAGCUUUGUUCACCCGUCGCAGACUGUGUCAAGAUCAUCUGGCAGAAUUGCCUCGAGAUCUUUGACGGAAGUGUCUCACCGAUCAAUCUUCUUAUGGAGGAUGAUCGUCUUCGCCGACUUUAUGACCAAGAAAUGCACCUGAGUGACUGGUCUACCUUUCUUACACUACUCUGUCAUUCAAACCCCAACAUACGCAUUCUCGAGGUGGGUGCUGGGACCGGAAGCGCAACAGAGAGAGCUUUAUCCUCGUUAAAUCGGAGUGGUUUGCCCAUGUAUAAAAGGUACACCUUUACCGACAUAUCCUCGGGUUUCAUGUCUUUAGCGCAGGAGCGCUUUCAUGAACGUCAAAAUAUGGAAUACAAGGUUCUUGAUAUAAGCCUUUGUCCAUCAUACCAAGGAUUCAGUUCCGGGGAUUAUGAUCUUGUUAUUGCAUCCAACGUUAUCCAUGCCACGCCAUCACUCAAGGCAACUUUGGAAAAUAUACGUCAGCUUCUGGCGCCAGGAGGCCGGCUACUGCUUCAUGAACUUCAUCCAAAUAUUUCAAGUAUCGACUUUAUUAUGGGAACUUUACCCGGCUGGUGGCUCGGGGAACAGGACGGGCGAGCCGAAGCACCCUACGUGAGUCCAGAGAGGUGGGAUAAAGAAUUGCGCUCCGCGGGGUUCGUCGGCGUGGAGGCACUGGCGAAUGAUGUCGAGCCCCCAUUCCAAUUCUGCUCCACGAUGAUUUCGCGCGUAUCGCGGGAAGUCAGUGAAGACAGUGUCAGCUUUGGUGAGAGAAGCAUUAUACUUGUCUGUCCCGAGCCGGGACAUGAAUGGGUCCAGGCCUUCCGAGCAGAGCUGGUUUCAUUGGACUACAAGGUGGAUGUAAUUCCGCUGGAUGAUCCCUUCUAUCCCGGGGAGUCCUGUGUUAUCUUCCUGCUCGAUCUAGUUGUUCCUUUCUUGCAUGCAAUGAGCGCCAGGGAAUUCGAGACUUUGAAGACACGUAUCUUGGCUGCUGGGAGAUGCCGUAUCUUCUGGGUGACCGCGCUUUGUCAGCUAGCCUGUAUCAACCCCAACUACGGACUGGCUUUGGGAUUUGCGCGAACUUUGAGGAAAGAGGUGGAAGGUCACUUCUAUUCGGUGGAAGUGGAGCAUUUCAACCUCGAAGCAGCCAAGCACUUUGCGGCUAUCAUCCAAACGGUCUACAGCUCGGAAUAUCAGCAACAGCAAGAACCCGAUUUUGAGUUUGCCAUUUGCGAGGGCUCAGUCCAUGUUCCGAGAGUGUGGUGGGGACGCAACAGCGACACUAACGACGAUAAUGACCAUGCAGAGAUCAUCGCCUCGCCAGACCAGGGAAAGAACUUGACCAUCAAUACCCUAGGCCUCUUGAAUACUUUAACAUGGCACAACACUGAUGUCGACACACUGGGGGCCACGCAGGUCGAAAUCGAGAUGCAGUACAUUGGACUCAACUUCAGGGUAUGUCUCCUGACCUCUCUCGACCUCAUGGUUUGUAUGGGGGUCGUGGGCACCAAAGAUGAGCUAGGGCUAGAAGGUAGUGGGCUGGUGCGGCAGGUGGGCAGCCAAGUCACAAAUUUUCAAGUGGGCGAUGAAGUUGUUGUAGUAGGCAUUGGACUUAUGGGUACUCGAGUAAUAGCCGAGGAGCGAUGGUGCAUGAAGCUGCCGCGAGGGAUGGAGAUGGAGGAAGCCGCGGCCAUGCUGUCAGUGUACGGAACGGUCAUAUACUCCCUGAUUCAUGUCGGAAAUCUGAAGCAGGGCCAGUCUGUACUGAUCCACUCCGCUUGCGGUGGAGUGGGACUCGCAGCGAUCCAGGUCUGUAAGAUAAUCGGAGCUGAGAUAUACGCCACUGUCGGCAAUCAAGAGAAAGUUGACUUCCUUAUCAAUAACUAUGGCAUUCCUCGCGCGAGGAUCUUCGACUCCAGAAGUGACACGUUUCAUGCAUCCCUGAUGGAGGCGACUAAUGGACUUGGAGCUGAUCUAGUAUUGAACUCACUGGCUGGGCCCUUGUUACAUGCCUCUUGGGAUUGUGUGGCACCUUUUGGCAAGAUGAUCGAACUUGGGAAACGGGAUAUAUUGACAAAUGGCCAGCUGGGAAUGCGGGGAUUUAGGGAUAACCGUACGUUCUGCGGCGUGGAUUUGUCUCAGGCAAUGGACUUGGAUACGACUUUGCUUCAGCGUCUGGCAACAACCUUGAAAACUUGGUUCGAGGAAGGCAAAGUAUCCCCAAUCCAACCUCGCACCGUCUUUGACGGGUAUCAAGCAGCAGAUGCGUUCCGUUUCCUUCAGAAGGGGACCCACAUUGGCAAGAUUCUCCUCCGCAUUCCUGAGGACAAAGCUGCGCUGCCUACUGAGGCCUCGAAACACUCGAUAACCUUUCAGCGGGAUGCAUCGUAUCUCUUGGUAGGUGGGCUCGGGGGCUUGGGUCGUAUCGUUUCGACCUGGAUGGUGGAACAAGGGGCACGGAGUCUCAUCUUCCUUUCUCGGUCAGUGCAAUCUCCAAGCAAUCAAACCUUUGCCGCAGAGCUCCAGGCUAUGGGCUGCGUCGUGGAAUGCAUCUCCGGGGACGUUCUAGAGCCCGACGACAUCACGACAGCCAUGAAAAGUUGCCCUAUGCCCUUGAAGGGCGUGAUACAAAUGGCAGGGUGUUUACGAGAUUGUGCGAUUGCAAAGAUGUCGUUCGAGGAUUGGCAGGCUGCGGUGGCACCAAAGGUCACCGGCACCUGGAACCUGCAUCACGCAACGUCAAAGGAGAGUCUUGACUUCUUCGUGGCCUUUGGCUCCGGCGUGGGUAUCUGUGGAAAUGCUGGGCAAGCCAACUAUGCCGCGGCCAAUACGUUUCUCGACGCGUUUACUCAAUAUCGACGCCAGCAGGGCCUUCCGUCUUCCGUCCUGGAUCUCGGCGCUGUGGACGGAAUCGGGCUCAUCAAUCAGUCGCCCACCAGCAUGCAAGCCAUGCACACAGCGGGAAUCUGGUUAUUAGACGAGGGGCAAGUUCUUGAGAGUUUCCAGCAAGCGAUCCUGGAAUCGCAUUCCCCUGCUGAUUCAACGACUACCGCCGGUGGUUGCGUGGCGCGAACGAGUGCCCCCGUUAUCACCGGUCUGGGGAAUAGCAGGUCCCGGGCAGACGCGAACGUGCGGACGUUGUGGUCCCCCGAGGCGAUGUUCUCCAUCUACUCGCACGUGGAACAACGGGGUUCGAAUCAGGGAGGCAAUAUAGCCGGGAGCAACAUCCUCCGGGAUAUGUUGCUCCGGGCCGAGAAGGAUCCAUCGCUCCUGAAUCACGUUGAGACCCAAGACCUGAUCACUGCGGAACUCUUCAAGUUGGCCGAUGCGUACUGGGCCGAGGCUCAGGGCAUGGACGCGACGCAACGACUGGGGAUGGUGAUUGAUUCGCUUGUCGCGAUGGAGAUGAGGAGCUGGAUGCGGCGCAAUUUGAAUCUCGACGUCACCUUGCCGCAGAUCUCCAAGGCAAAGACCGUUGGCGGUUUGAUUGACCUGGCCUUGAACCAACUUCAGGCGAAAUUUGCGCCCGGCGCUGGUGCAAAGGAAGAGUAGGUAGUUAGUUGACACACUCCUUUUUCUGGGGAUAGAAGAAGCAAUUGUUGGUAGGAGGGAAGCAAGGUGGAUCAAACUGACAUGGUGGAUUUAUCAAUAGCUU